AUGUUCUACAGGAUGAAUGAGAGAGUAACUGCUUCGCAACUUUGCUGGAAUCUACAAAUCCAGAAAAAAAAAAAGAAAGGGAAAUAG